AGGUCUCGGGCCCCGAGGCGGAGCGGCGGGCGCCAGACCCCCAGGCGGAAGCGACAGCGUAUCUCGGGCCCCCAGGCGGAAGCGGGGUGGGCGCCGGGGACCCCCAGGCGGAGCGACAGGUCUCAGGCCCCCAGGCGGAGCGACAGGUCUCAGGCCCCCAGGCGGGAGCGGCGGGCGCUGGGACUCCCAGGCGGAAGCGGCGGGCGCCGGACCCCCAGGCAUGACAGUGGGCUCCGAGUCAACUGGCAUGGACCGCUGGCACUGGGUCAGACAUUGGAUCGUCUGGCUGGACAGCGGGCAAUCGGGUCACCAGGCAUCAGGUCAUUUGGCUCGACAGCGGGCACCGCGUCAUCUGGCAAGGCAGUGGGCUCCGAGUCAACUGGUAUGACGCGCGGGGCACUGGGUCAGACAUUGGAUCGUCUGGCUGGACAGCGGGCAUCGGGGCUGAGUGGAGGCAUCAGGCUGAGUAGAGGCUCAGGCUGGAGUAGAGGCAUCAGGCUGAAGAGAGGCAUCAGGCUGAAGAGAGGCAUCAGGCUGGUGUACAGGCAUCAGGCUGGGGUACAGGCAUCAGGCUGGGUACAGACC